AUGACAGGCCUAUCCCAGUUGAUCAGGCCACAAUCACUGACUCCUUCACUCUUCAAAAGAUCGCAGAAAUCACCAAAUCAGCCUCCUGCAUCUCUCGACUGUCAUAUUGAUACCUCUCCGAUUGUCAUUGUCAAUGACAAUGCUACUGAUGGCUCUACCAUCUCGGGCUUACUACUCUUCAACGUUGAAGAAGCCAUCGAAGUUGAUAGCCUCUUUGCCACAUUACGAGUUCAUGUAGUUCACAAGAAGCCUUUCAAGAGAACAUGCAAAGCAUGUAAACAUCAGACAUCGGAGCUCAAGCGCUGCCAGUUCAUCACAACGACGGCCUCACUAGACAGCAACACUUAUGCGUAUCCGUUCUCUUACCGAGUACCGAGCUAUGUGCCUCCUUCCAUGGAUGCGUCGCUAGUUUCUGUCAAAUACGAAUUCCAAGCUGUAGCCUCCAUACGACGAACAGAAUCAAUGUCGAGAUUACCAGAGAUCAUCACACUCGACCGCACUCUUCCUGUCGCGAGAUCAAUACCAGUGCCUAGCAAACCGUUAUUAUCAACUCGGAUAUACCAAGCUGCUGGCAUUGAAGUCGACUGCAGUUUCGACCCUGUCCUUGAUUCCAGUGGCAAGAAUUACGUGAAGCUCACUAUGGGCGGGCUUCGAAGCUGUCCUGACAACGGAGAGGACAUUCAGUUCUGGCGAGUAUGUAAAGGCACUUGGAUGCUUCAGGAGAACAUCAAGAGCACAGCCGUGGCUUGUUCGCAACACGCACAAGAAUGCCAAACAGAUGAAAAGAGCAACACACAGAAGAAGACAAUCACUCUAGGCGAAUCUUCAUUCUACGAUGGAUGGAACACUGAUGACGCUGCAGGAACGCUCAACAUGAAGUUUCCCUUCUUUAUCAAGAAAGCCUCCAAGUUCAACCAAGAUACCGGCGAUGUCGGUGACACAUCGGUCACCCAUUCCCUGGUGCUGGAGCUCCAGCUGAUGAAGGAGACUUAUCCCCACGGCAACCCAGAUCUAUCUGUCAGAACUGGAGUAGGCCGGAUUCUUCGAUCCGAGCAUCGGGUCGUGGUGAGCGACUAUGUCAGGCCUUCGGAUCAUGUCGAGGAGGAGAGUUUGCCCUGCUAUAAUGAUCUCCGGCCUGGACCACCACUGUAUAAGGAGAAGGAUAACGAGUUGUGA